AUGAGCCAGGUGCUGCUGACAUCUUUGAAGAGGUGGAAGCCACUUUGGGGAAGGCGGCUAGGUUUUUUUCAGCCAAAGAAUGUGAAAGCCUUCUCACUCUUUGAUUUGGCGGCGUUGAGUUCCAAGGCAAUAGAGAAGUGGGAGAGUGGCACUAUUUCAGCAAAAGCCAUUGUAGAAGAAAGGGCGCGGCUUAGACUGGGCCGUGCACGAGCACGGAUUGUGUACAACGACUUGCUACAAGGUUCGCGUCCCGACAAGGUGGCUGGUGCAAUCCAAGAUUAUGAUGUUGGAAUUUCGAUCAUGGAAGAUGAUUUUCGCCAGCACCCGGAAAGGAUGAUGUAUAGUGAGUAUCCUGACGCGCUGGUGAAGCGUGGCCUGGCAAAGGAAGGAUUGCAGAACUGGAGUGGUGCCGUGCAGGACUACACCACAGCAAUUGAUGCACUUCGACCGAAAGAUGGCCGAGAUGAUAUCGCUCUGACUGGAAAUGCAAGGAUGCAAGAAGGUGAUGGCUUGGGCAUGAACCCACUGAUUUUGAACUUUCGUGGCAACGCCUUGGGCCAACUUGGACGUUACGAUGAAGCUGUUGAAGACUACCAGGAGGCCAUCCAGAUCUUUGAUGCAGAUGGAGAGGUGCGUCAGGCGUCUUUGUCCCGCGCAAAUAUGGGUCUAGCGCUCUUCGGUGCUGGCAGGGAACCUGAAGCUCAGCUAACUAUGGAAAAGGUUGUUCGCAAUGAUCCUGGUGUGACCGAUGCUCAUGUCGCGUUGGCUGCUUGGUAUUGGGUGUGCGAGCGAGCAGCCGAAGCUGAGUCUCAAUGGCAGUUUGCCUGUGAGAAGAUUGACACGGGUUGCCAGGCCUACAAGGACAUGAAAUGGGUGUCCGAGAUUCGUCGCUGGCCUCCUUCGCUUGUAUCAUCACUGCAGAAGUUCUUGUCCAAAGCUAAUUGA